AUGGCGACGGAGGGUAUAUACACGGCUCGACUCGAUGCUAGUCGCCACGAGAUCCGACUCUUGACCUUGCUGCCAGGCCAUGACGACGACAACAUUCACUGUGAGCUGCGUACAGUCAGCCUAGGCGACGACCCAAAGUUUCACGCCUUGUCGUAUGUCUGGGGAGACGCGAGCAAGACAAAGCCCAUCCACGUGGGUGAGCAGGUCUUCAAUGCAACCGUCAAUCUCGAGUCGGCCCUCAGACACAUCCGCAAACUCCAAAUUGCUGACACGUUAUGGGUCGAUGCCGUGUGCAUCAAUCAAACGGACGUGAUCGAACGCAACCAGCAGGUCCCUCUCAUGAAGAAAAUCUACACCGAGGCCGACAAUGUUCUCAUAUGGCUCGGCGAAGGCGACAAGCACUCGGACGCCCUCUUUGAAGCCAUCUCCAAGGACGAGAUCCCGUCACCGCCGGGUCGGGACCACGAAUACGAUUGUUUCCCAGAGGAGGAAGCUAUCGAGAUCCACAGACUGAACGCAAUGCUGGAGACGAUCGCCACCCGGGAAUGGUGGGUGCGAGUCUGGAUCGUCCAGGAAUGCAUUCUGCCAAAGAAGCCGCCCACUUUCCUGUGUGGCACAAAGACUCUCCUCUGGACUCAUUUCUUCGACGCCCUGUGGGAGUUGAGAAGAGGGGUGAUACGCAUAUUACCAGACGCGGGACGCCAUCCGUCGGUCACAGACGUCUAUCGCUCUGCUGGAAAGACCCCCGACGAAUGUUCGAGCAAAAUGUCGUUCCUCGAGCUCCUGGACUUUGCGAGGCAAGAAUAUGGAAGGGAAGACGUCGGGAGGCAGAUCUAUGGGGGAUCGAGCGGCACUCGGUCCUUCUCCAUGACCAUCUCACCGUUCCUCGGUCGAAAGGCCAGUGUGGCACACGACUAUAUCUAUGGUCUUUUGAGCCUGCUUCCCGAGGAAAAGAGCCAACUCAUCCCCAUUGAUUAUGAACGGCCGUCCUGGGAGAUAUUUCGAGAGGUCACAAAGGCACUGCUGACUCUCCGCGACGAAUCGCUGCUGGGGUCCGUGUCCUUUCAAUCGUCGCCUCAUCUGGAUCGACCCACCUGGGUUCCCGAUUUCUCUUCUCAGGUUGGCCAAAACGACGACACCCGAGACACUGGCUGGUACUUCGGCCUUGACAAUCGACUUUGGGGCUCUCCUGAGCCACGGUUCUCGGAGGACGGCAAUAUUCUCAUGCUGCGUGGUGUGUACCUUGAUGUCAUACACAAGGUCUACCCAUUUGGUGAGGGAGAGGAUGACUGGAUGGAUGUUCUGAGCCGCAUGGAGCGCAGAGCAAAGGUCGUCAUGAGGAAACACCGGCGAGGACUUCGACGACAAGGUGAUAACCCGGACUCUGCGUCGACCGGGGGCCCGCUGUUCCCCACUCCCAGCUCUAGUACGCGCCGACUAUUCAGCGCCAUGUCCGGCUGGGGUGGCAGGGUCAGGACGGCCGCAGUGGCCGACGACCAGUUGGACUUUUGGUGGAACGUGUUUCAGACGCCGGACCACGACAGGUGGGAUGAAUGGGAGUUCAGUGGUGCCGAAUCCAAACGCAAACGCGAAGAGCUCGCCGGCUUGUCCACAUCUGAAGUAGUAACGAGUCUGCUCAGCCAGGCGAGAUCGGUCUGCCGAGGGAGGAGCCUCCUCAUCACCAGGAGAGAAUCCCUCUUGGGCCUCUGUGUUCCCGGGGCGUUAGUGGGCGACGCGCUGGUGUGUCUGUCUGGCAUGUCCAUGCCCUGGGUCCUUCGACCAGCCAAGGACAAGGACUAUUACACUGUUGUCGGCGGCGCAUUUGUACAUGGCCUUACGGAUUGGUCAUUACUCGAAAAGCGAUGCGACGAGGGAAAAUUGGCUGAAGCCACGUUCAGAAUUCGUUAG